CUGCCCGGGAGCAGCGCAGGGCGAGAUCCCCGGGGCUGCAGAGAGAGAGAGCGGGCGCGCGAAACCAGGCACGAUGGAGAUGUACAGCAAGGCAGAGACGCUGGAGCUGCGGAAGAAGCACAUCGGGCCCUCAUGCAAGGUCUUCUUUGCUAAGGACCCCAUUAAGAUUGUGUGUGCCCGUGGGCAGUAUAUGUUUGAUGAGAAUGGAGAAAAAUACCUGGACUGCAUUAACAACGUAGCACAUGUUGGACACAGCCAUCCAGAUGUGGUCAAGGCUGCAGUGAAACAGAUGGAGUUACUCAACACCAAUUCUCGCUUCCUGCACGACAAUCUGGUCCAGUAUGCAAAGCGUCUCACUGCGACCCUCCCAGAGCCUCUCUCUGUUUGCUACUUCGUGAACUCUGGAUCUGAAGCAAAUGAUCUCGCUUUGCGCCUGGCCCGCCAAUACAGGGGCCACCAAGACGUGAUUACACUUGACCAUGCUUAUCAUGGCCAUGUUACAUCGCUGAUUGACAUCAGUCCAUAUAAAUUUAAUCAACUGGGGAAAGAGGCCAAAAAGGAAUUUGUACAUGUGGCUCCUUCACCAGAUAUAUACAGAGGAAAAUAUAGAGAGGACCAUCCAGACCCAGGAAGCGCUUAUGCCGAUGAUGUGAAAAAGAUAAUUGAAGAGGCUCAGAAGAACGGCCGCAAGAUUGCAGCCUUUAUUGCUGAGUCCAUGCAGAGUUGCGGAGGCCAAGUAAUUCCACCUGCAGGCUAUUUCCAGAAAGUGGCAGACGCUGUCCGCAAAGCGGGUGGAGUUUUCAUAGCUGAUGAAGUCCAGGUCGGUUUUGGUCGAGUUGGAAAAAAAUUCUGGGGAUUCCAGCUACAAGGCAAAGACUUUGUGCCUGACAUUGUCACUAUGGGGAAGCCAAUUGGCAAUGGCCAUCCCAUGUCUUGUGUAGUUACCACCAGAGAGAUUGCAGAAGCUUUUGGUGCCUCUGGACUGGAGUACUUCAAUACGUUUGGGGGCAACCCAGUGUCCUGUGCAAUUGGACUGGCUGUUUUGGACGUGAUAGAAAAAGAAGAUCUCCAAGGGAAUGCCACACGUGUUGGAAACUAUCUCACUGGACUACUGAAGGAACAAAAAGAAAAGCAUCCACUGGUGGGAGAUGUCAGAGGUGUUGGUUUGUUUGUUGGAGUGGAUCUUGUGAAGGAUCGACAAAAGAGAACGCCUGCCACUGCUGAGGCCCAGCAUAUUAUCUACAAGCUGAAAGAACAGAGGAUUCUUCUGAGUGCUGAUGGACCUUAUCGAAACAUCUUGAAAUUUAAGCCACCCAUGUGCUUCACUAUGGAAGAUGCAAAGUUUGUAGUUGAUCAGAUUGAUGAGAUCCUCACAGAUUUAGAAGAUUCAACAAUAAACCGGAACAGAGAUGAAUUACCAACAAGUGUACAGAGUAAAAGAAAAAUGCCCACAGAUGGGAGCUCCCAGCUGGAAUGCAUUAACGAAAGCAUAAGCCAUAUCAAUGGAAGUGCCUGCAGACAAAAAAAUGGAUUUUAUGCUGAAAACAACACAGUGCCUUGCAAAAGGAUCAGGACAUGAAAAGAAAAUUCUAUAAAUAAGAAUAACUAUGUACAGUUGGGUUUGUUUAAGGAUGUAUGGGUUUGUGCAAUAAUUGGUAAGAAUAUUGGCUAGUUAUACAUUAUGAUGAAGCAUCCAUUUACUUAUGGUCUAAAUUUGGAGCAUCAUGCUUUGCAGCCACAGUACAACAGUAGCAUGGCCUCAUUUGUUUCAGAUGUCUAGCUGACUGGCAGUCACUGAUGUGUCUUUGUCCUUUUGGAAUCUCAGUGUUCAGUAUUGAGAUUUUAAUAAUUUUCCCAUGUUUUAAUGGUUUAUUUGUUAUACUGUGCAACUUUCUGGUGGGGCAAUUCAUGCCAAUGCUGAAAUAAAUAGAAAUGUUAUCUUGUAAAUCUUGCAUGCAAUCUAACAGAGGACACAUGGGAACAACCAAGAGUGUUCCAUGAAAACCUGCCAAUCAGCUUCUUAGGCUGCCAACCUAUCCACAUUUACAUGGGAGUAAGUUCCACUGAACUCAGUGCAGCUUGCUUCCUGAAUGUGUGGGGUUGCACUGUUGGUGGAGAUGGGAGUGAGUCCAAUCCCACAUUCAAAUGGAUUUCAGAUU